CGCAGGCGCAGUGCACGCAGAUACCGGGCCGCAUCCACACGUGCGACAACCUGGCUUGACGUCUUCCGCACGUUGCUGUAAUUUUGUGCUACAAGUGCUCUUCGACAACCGGCAACAUGCGCCCUAUGUUGGCGUUGUUAUUCUUUUCUCUGCUUGCGUUGAGUUUGGGCGAAGAAACUACCACUGAUAGCUAUAAUGAUAAAUUUAAUACCAUUGAGCCUAAACCAUCCGUUAAACUAGAUCCUUAUAUAAGAAAGGCCUUACUUAAAGCUCUCAGUGAAUUGGAGGACUCAACAACAGGAUCUGAAGGGUUAGACGGGACUACUAAUUCAGAUGUAUACACAACUAGCGAGAAUAUUCCUGAGUCUCAAACGAAUAAAGAUGAAGUACAGAUUCAUUCAUUCAUCGUCAAUGGACAGUCUGCUUUUUCAAGUAAUAGCACAAACACACCUGCAAUAGUAGACAGCAAUAUAUCUAUUUUGAGCACUACUGCAGGAAAUGUUGAAAGCCAAGUAACAGCCACUUUACCCACAGCAGCUACAUUUCCUGAAAUAUUUCAAACAAGAGCAAGCGAGAACAAUCUGCUGCAGACAAGAAGCAUUGCUAGUACUUCUAAAUCGAACACAGAAAACGAUGCCAGUGUUAAAAAACCCACGUUUAAACCUAUAAUUUCUACAACUACUACAACAACUACUACUACUACAACCACAACUACUCCGAAGCCGACCCACAAUGACGACGGAGAAAACAUUGAAGAAGUUGAUAAACGUGAUGUACAAGUAUAUCAAGCUCCUUUGGUUGCAGCGUUUACUGUUCACCAAGAUCCACAAGGCCUGCCGAAAAAAGUUAUACCACUUUACCAGCAAACCAAUAACCAAAACUUUAUGAGCUCGUUGCCUUCGACAAAUUUGGCCUCUGGAGUUCUGCAAUCCCAAACAUUAGGCCAAAUAAUUCCCGGUGUUAAUUUAAACCAGAUACCCCCUUCUGACUACAUAAGCCAACAAUUAAUACUACAAAGACAACUUGAAGAAAAACAAAGAAUUCUCGAGGAUCAACUUCGUCUAUUGCAACAGCAGCAAAGGCAACAAGAAGAAUUGCUGAGGAAGCAGCAAUAUCUUUUGCAACAAAAAGAAGCCCAAAGACAACAACUUAUUUCCAAUACUCAAAAGUUUCAAGCUCAGAGUUCUGUAAAUAAUUUUCAAAUACAGAAAAAUAUUCCUCAGAACCAGUUCUUAAAUCAGAAUGUACCGGUCAGACCGAACAACGGUCAGGUAUCAAUUCAACAGAGUGUACCUUUAGAAUCGAGCAGUACAGUAACUAAUCAACAAUUACCGAAUCGUGAGGCAGUUGAUUUUCUUAUUCAUUUACAUAGUCAGCAGCCGGAUCAAUUUCCGUUACAAGAAAACCACCUUCCUCAAGGAAUUAGUAAUUUCCUGCACCCGAACUCCGGUCAGAACUUCCACCAAGGAGUUAAUUAUAAUCAAGUAAGAGCAGUCAGCGAUCAAUUUGGUCAACCGAAACAAAGUCAUCGUGUAUUCCGUCAAGAUAGUGGAGUUGGUAACUUUGGGAUAAACCAUCAGAAUUUUAAUGCAUUCAACACUUUCAAUCCAAUCCAUACAAACCGUUUCUUUCCGAUAAAUGCACAGAACCAGUAUAAUGUUGACGCAGAAUUAAAACAAUUAUUAGUACAAAAUGGCCUAAAUGGUAGGAAUCAAGAAGAUUUAAAUAUUGUAUCGAAAGUUUUAUCUCUUAACCAUGGAGUAACGUUAAACAAUAACAUUUCUAACAGGUUACCUUUCGACAGUAGAAGACAUGUGAGGCCACUUAUAUAAGUAAUUUAAGUUGUUAUAAAUAAUAAUGAUUAGUGCAAAGUACUUAUUCAUUUGUUCAAAUGAAGAGCUAUUAAUUGUAUUGUUACUGUUAAGCCAACAAGGUAUUUUUAUGUAAGUAUUACCAAAUGGGUCCUUUUGACGAUUCAAUUACACUUCUUUAAAACCUGCAAAAUUGACAAAUAGAAAUUAACCUGCCUAACCAAAGAAACGCUGAAAUACAAUUUAUGUAUUUUUUAAAUUCACACAUCAUUAAAUCUGUUUCCACAAAUGUUUUAUAUUAUGUUAGUUUUAGAACCUUAUUAUUUAUUUUACUGUAAUAUUGACGAACUGCCAUAAGUAGUAUAAUUAAGAGAGUGAUGACAAUAUUUACUUUUGCAGCUUGCGCGUGAAAUAAACUUAGUAAUUAAUUGGCUGUAGGUACAGGCCACCCCCAUGUAUGUACUUAUUCAAAUGAAUUGUUUUUUUUUUAAUAUAUAAAUGUGCGUUAAUGAAUUUUGAAUUGAAUGAAAAAAAGAAAUAAAAUAUGCUGUUGACCGGAGCUCCUCGUUGUUAGUUUAAGGUAGUAUUUGAGCUUAUAUUACGAACUUUGACCGACAGCUAUUCAGAAAUAAAUGUUGAGUAAGUAAUCGCAGGCCCAGCUAAGUAUAAGUUUAGAUUUAUGCGCAUAUUAAAGAUUCAUAAGAAAAAAUCUUAAGAAACUUGAGCAGUUUUGUUUUCAAUUAUCAAAUCAUCUGUAUAGAGUACACAAAUCGAUUAUCUUGACUUGUUCUACUAAUUACCCGUUAGGUAUAACAGAGUUGUAAAAGCAUAUUGCUUGUUAAAAAUUAUGUAAAGUCAUGAUUUAUUUUAAUGUUAUCCUUUAAGUCUUAAUCUUAAUGCUGAACAUGUCAUAAGUUCUUACUUAGAGUCAUCAUACACAAUAUUGUUAGUACCUCUUAUGUUUAAUUAAGACAAAUGUAAAUAUAUUCAUAUUCACAUAAUAA